UACAGCGGGCCAAAUUCUUUGCUCGGUCUUCAUUAAAACAUUGGCACCUCCAGUCAUUAGGAGAGUAACAUUUUUGGAUUUGAAGUCUACAUUUGCACUUGAGACACUUGGGAAAGGGACCAGCCCAGCACAGUGACGGCCGUCCUUCCACCUUAUUUAUAUUUCAUAAAUACUCUUUCCAAACAGAGCCAGGACAGGGGUGGGAACGGCUGGACUAUACAGACUGCAGCACCCCAGGAACUAUGAGCCAAUUUUGGGAUUACAACCAGGCUAUACUGGAUGCACCACAGGAAUUGUUCUACAGAUUCCAACUGAUCCCUGUUCAUGGGGUCCCCAUUAUGAAGCCCAUUGCAGAUAACUGGGAGAGGAUAGAGGCAUUUCAGGCAAGGCCAGAUGACCUCCUCGUUGCAACCUAUCCCAAAGCAGGUACCACCUGGAUGCAGGAAAUAGUGGAUUCCAUCAUUAACGAUGGAGACCUGAAAAAAGUGAAAUGUGCUCCUAUGCACGUCCGAUUCCCUUUCCUGGAAAUCUGCAACCCUCCACCCGUCCCUUGUGGAGUAGAUAUCUUGGAAGGGACGACAUCCCCACGAAAAAUAAAAACUCAUCUUCCUUAUGAACUCAUUCCAAGAUCCUUCUGGGAACACGACUGCAAGGUGAUCUAUGUCGCCCGCAAUGCAAAGGACUCUGCUGUCUCUUAUUACCACUUUGAUCUGAUGGAAAAGACUCAGCCACACCCCGGCACCUGGGAGGAGUAUGUGGGAAAGUUCUUAAAGGGAAAUGUGCCCUGGGGCGGCUGGUUCGAUCAUGUUAUCGGCUGGUGGAAAGCUAGGGCCAAACACCAAAUCUUAUACAUGUUCUAUGAGGACAUGAAAGAGGACCCAAAGCGUGAGAUCCACAAGGUGAUGAGGUUCCUGGGGAAGGAUUUAACGGAGGACCUUCUUGAGAAGAUCUGUCAGCACACCUCUUUCAAGGCCAUGAAGGAAAACCCCAUGGCUAAUUACAGCACCACGCCAGCCAGUGUUUUGGACCAGUCCAUCUCAAAAUUCAUGAGGAAAGGGGAAGUCUCUGACUGGAAGAAUCAUUUCACGGUUCAGCAGAAUGAGAUGUUGGAUGCCGAGUACCAGAAGAGAAUGGAAGGAACGGACCUCAAAUUCCGUUUCAGUAUCUGAGCGCGUCAUAGACCCAUGGGAGAAAGGAGAUUUGGGCAGAAACUCUUCUAGGAGCACAAGGAGCCCAAUGGAAAAAUGAAGAAAACUUACUACAAUUAAGGAAAUAAAGGCUUUAGAUGUCCCUGUCCUGCCAAGUCCAAUGUCUCGGAGCACAAGUGGCACCAACAACAAAUAACACAGGGAUACACUGCAAUCAUGUCAGGACUCUGAUUGUGGGGAACCCUAUCAAGAGAGGGGUGAGCAGUGAUUGUUUGGUGAGGGGUAGAGAGGAGAUUUCACCAUCAGCAAGGGAAGGUUUCUGUACUGCACCGAGAAUCAGGUUGUGGGAUUUCACUGGGGGUCUGGGAUUUAUAUUAUCAAAUAAAAACGGACUCAAUAACCUU